AUGUUGAAUUACCCAGCAAAGGUAUUAUUAGCAAACGAUGACCGUGCAGUACGCUUUCUUGAUGCAUCAAUUUGUAACAUUUGGGCUGCAGCUGUGGAUGAAUGGCGUUGUCAAAAACUGGCAGGCAAUGCGUUUCAGAAGCAAUCACUUAAUCCUUCGCGUAGUGACACUGUGUCUAGCGUUAAAGUAAAACUUCUCACCGAUGAUGAGUUUUUUUCCCUUACACAACAAUUAGAAGACAUUAACGCUGUUAUAGCUGCUUCUUCCCCAGCUCAGUGUAGAUGUUCCAACUUUGGUGAUACUUCUUCUUUUCCAAAUGAAACGCAAGAUCUCUUUGCAAUUGAUCCGGCCAUGUAUUCUGCGCCUCUGGACGAUGCACGACGACGGAAAUGUCAAGUAGCAACCGAGGCUUAUCAGAAGGGAAAUUUUAAUGUCGCUGCUGAAGCUUUUACAGAGGUGAUUAAUUCGUGUCUUCCAAAUAUGUUGAGUGCUGCAUUAAUAGGAAACCGUGCUGCGUGCUACUUACGUAUAGAAAAUUUUAAACUAUCUCUUCGUGAUGCAAUGCGUUGUUGUGAAUUGGACAACCAGUACAUUCUUGGUGUCCGACGGGCGGUGCGAUCUUAUAUUUGCACUGGUAGAUGUUCAGAAGCACGAGAAAUUAUUGAUAAGUACAGAAAAACAAGUAAGUAUACAUUUGAAGAGGAAUUAAAUCAAGUUUCUCUCUAUGAGCUAUAUAUUUCUUUCUUUGAUCGAAAUGAACAUGCAGAAGCUUUAAAAUACUUAAAUGAUUUGCUAAUGCGUGUGCCGUGUGCCACUCUUCAGUCACUGAAGGUACAAUUACUUGCUAUUGAGGAAGGUAACCAAGUAGCUUUACUGUACGCUGAAAGAUGUCUUAAACAAUAUGUUGAUUUUCCAGAACUCUUGUACUGGCGUGCACAACUUUGUUUUCUGGAAAGUGCCACUAGGGAAGAGCUGAAUGCGGUUUUGCCAUUGUUUGACGUAACUGUUCCAGCAGAAUACAUACUUCGAUUUCGACAGGCCACUCACCGAAUAAUGCAAUGUAUAAAUCUCUCUCAAGAUGUGGAUAGCUUGUUCUCUAGCAAGGAUUGGAUGGGUCUCAUUGAUUUGUGCAGCACAGGAAUAAAUAGACCAUUUAUUGGAGAUCGUUUUCGUGCUACACUUUUGGCGAAACGAGCUCAUGCAUUUUACGAGAUCAAACAUCUUUAUGAAUGCAUAGAUGAUAUUGAAUCUGCUCUAAAUAGUAGUACAAGUAAAAGUGAGCGUGCUCAGCUUUAUCUUAUUAAAGCAAUGUCUGAAGAAAAACUUUCUCGUUGGUCUGAUGCAGUUCGAAGUGCUGAGCUCUCACUAAAGGAGCAGCACACAGUAGAAGCUGCUGUGGUUUGGCGACGGCUAUGUGAUCGACAGAGGGAAUUUCAACGACGAAAACGACAACAAGAAGAACAACAACAUAAGGCACAUGAAGAAGGUUUUAAGACACAUGACAGGAAUAAAUCAGGAUUUGACGGAUCUCAGACUGAUAAAGGCCAUGAGGAUGGACGAAAAGGUGAAAAAGAGAAGAACUCUUCUUCUCGGGUUGUAGCGGAGUUGUAUGCACAUCUCUCUCUCCCUGUUGGCGCUGGUGCAGAACGUGUGACAAAGAGCUACCGUGCUCUGGCAAUGCGGUGGCAUCCAGACAAGUGGUGUGGAGCUUCAGAACAACAACGAAAAGAGGCAGAGGAAAAGUUUAAGAGAGUUAAGGCUGCCUAUGAUGAACUCAUGUCUAUUGUUUUCCACUAG